AUGGAUAUAAAUUCUCGUCAUGGGCUCAAAUUCUUGUUGAUAAUACUAAUAUUCGCAUCAAGAAAUGUUCUUUUAGCUGCGAAAAUUCCAAAAAUACGCGGCGGAUCCAAGUACCAGAUCGAAUGCACGACGUGCACCUCUUGUGAAAACCCAUGCACCACCCCCUCUCCGCCGCCGCCGCCGCCGGCCACCGCCACCGUCAACUGCCCUCCGCCCCCGUCCGGAUCUGGCGGAAGCAACAUCCCACCGCCGCCUCCGGAUUCAUACUACGCCACGCCGCCGCCGCCGCCCGACGGCGGAGCCGCCUACUACAACCCUCCUCCGCCGCCGUACGCCGUCGGGACGGCCCCGCCGCCGCCUGAUCCAAUGUGGCCCUACUUUCCUUUCUACUACCGCAACCCUCCUCCGCCACCGUCCUCAUCGGCGCCGCCGCUCGAGAGAGUUCGGUUACCUAAUUUCUUGGCUAUCGUCACCGUGCCCCUUUAUUUAUUUUCUUUCGUCUUUUUCUAG